CUCACCAUCCCUCGUCCUGCAGAGACCACCAUGAGAGCCUUGAUUGGAGUGCUGUUGGUAGCCUUAGUGGCUGCAGAGCAGAAACGUUCAGCUGACCCUGGAAUUGGCUAUGGGGGACUUGGAGGCCUUGGCCUAGGAGGACUGGGUUAUGGGGGACUGGGUCAUGGAGGGCUUGGACUUGGUGGUCUUGGCUAUGGCUUAGGCCUGAAUGCUGGAUACGGAGGUGGAUACGGAGGCUAUGGUGGCCUCUUAAGUGCAGGCAACUACGCCAAUGGAUACAGCCACUCCACUGGAUACAACCAUGGAAACAACAUUCUAACUGGAUACGGAGGAUUGGGAGGACUGUCACAUGGCCAUCUUAACAAGCACUUGCUCGGCAAACGAAGUGCUGAUCCUGAACCAGGUUUAGCUUAUGGAGGACUCGGUGGACUUGGAGGACUUGGCCAUGGAGGCCUUGGACUUGGAGGGCUUGGCCAUGGAGGCCUUGGACUUGGAGGACUUGGCCAUGGAGGCCUUGGUCAUGGAGGGCUCGGCUAUGGAGGCCUUGGACUUGGUGGACUUGGAGGAAUUGGCCAUGGAGGCCUUGGACUUGGAGGGCUUGGCUAUGGAGGCCUAGGGCACGGUGGACUAGGUCAUGGCUUAGGCUUUAAUGCUGGAUUCGGUGGAGGAUUUGGUGGCCAUGGUGGUCUCUUGGAUGCCGGUAACUAUGCCCAUGGAUACAGUCACUCCACUGGGUACAGCCAUGGAAACCAUAUUGGAAAAUGCCCACAAAAGGAUUGGGUGGAGUGUUAG